UUUUUUUUUUCCUUUUUAUCUAAUCUUAUCUUCUCUUUCCCAAAGAUUGUAAGAACACCAAAAAAAAUUCUCUCUAUCUCUCAAUUUUGUAUAUGUGUUUUUGUUUCAUGUUUAGGAUCAUUGAAAUCCCUAAUCCACUCUCUGGAUCUUUGUGUUGAUGAUUGUUGUUUCUUAGAAGAGAAAUGAGCAAUUAUUCAGCCGGACUCGGUAAGCCUGGCUCAGGUAAGAGGAGAAUAAGAGACCUUUUGAACCAGCCUGAUAACCGAGUCUGUGCUGAUUGUGGCGCUCCUGAUCCUAAAUGGGCAUCAGCAAAUAUCGGAGUGUUCAUUUGCUUAAAAUGUUGCGGUGUGCACAGAAGCCUCGGCACUCACAUCUCAAAGGUCUUGUCUGUGACACUAGAUGACUGGUCAGAUGAGGAAGUCGACUCCAUGAUUGAAAUAGGAGGAAAUGCUUCUGCUAAUUCAAUCUACGAAGCUUUUGUACCUGAAGGCAGCUCUAAGCCUGGUCCUGAUGUUAGUCAUGACCAGCGUAUGAGAUUCAUCAGGUCAAAGUAUGAACUCCAAGAAUUUCUGAAACCAAGUUUGAGGAUAACAUCAGGGAAAACUACCUCAACAAAGAAACCACCAUCUUUUCUUAGCUCAAGUCUUUCUACAAAAUUCAUGGAUAGUUUUCGCACAAAUUCAUCAUCAAAGAAGAUAUUUGAGGAAGGAAUGGUAGAGUUUAUUGGAUUGUUGAAGGUGACUGUCAAGAAAGGUACUAACUUAGCAAUCAGAGACAUGAUGUCAAGUGAUCCUUAUGUUGUCUUGAAUCUUGGGAAGCAAAAACUUCAAACAACAGUUGUGAAUAGUAACUUGAACCCGGUAUGGAAUCAAGAGCUCAUGCUGUCUGUUCCUGAGAGCUAUGGUCCAGUUAAAUUGCAAGUGUAUGAUUAUGAUACAUUCUCUGCUGAUGACAUAAUGGGAGAAGCUGAACUUGACAUCCAGCCUCUGAUAACAUCCGCAAUGGCAUUUGGGGAUCCUGAGAUGUUUGGGGACAUGCAGAUUGGGAAAUGGCUAAAGUCGCAUGAUAAUCCGCUAAUAGAUGACAGCAUCAUUAACAUUGUUGAUGGGAAAGUGAAGCAGGAGGUUCAGAUCAAGCUUCAGAAUGUAGAGUCUGGAGAGUUAGAGCUGGAAAUGGAAUGGCUGCCACUUGACCAGUAAUACUAAUAAUAACGCAGUAGAUUCCAUUCUAUAUAUGAACACUUUAUACAGUUUGCAAUACAUUCUUUUGUUCUUUUCUUGGAACAUUUUUGGUAUCUCUGAUUUCUUUCCACAGGAAAGUGUUUGUUUGUA